UAAUUGACGUAGUGGCAACUCUAGAACCAACCACCAGCUGACAAUUUAUUAAUAAAGUGUUAUUUUCAAAAGUUUUUAUUAAAAUGCACAAAUGCCUGACAUUGGCACUUCCAGUUCGAAAGCAAAUUUCUUCGCCAUUCAUCAAACACUAUGUAACAGCCGCACCGAGGAGAAGGCCUAAAGUAGUACAGGGUGCUUUGGCCGAGCGACCGGAUCCACAUGCGGUGAAAUGUGAUUAUAUAGGACCGCCAGAUAAAUUAUCAAAUUUACGGCCGUAUGUUCGUCACAUUGAUAAAAAUGAAACGGAAUUGGCCAAAAAGUUACGGCUAAAACAACUUGAAGUAGAAGCCUGGAACAUUGAUUUCUGGACAAGGCACAACAAACGCUUUUACGACGAAAAAGCCGAUUUUAUACGUUUACAUAAAAUCAAUGUAAACGAAACGGAUGAUACUUACGCCGAUCGCAUGAGCGUAUUUUAUAAAACAUUUCUUGACAAAAACCGUAGACUUCAUAUAAUGUACAAUAUAUCAUGGUAUAUAAAAAAUUUCGAUAUGCUCGUCUUGGCCUUUAUGGUCAGUUGUCAAAAGCUGUUCGCCAUCGUCAAAAGAUAUGGUGGGAAAAAAGUAUAACCAUGGAGAUGUACAUAUAUGCACAUACAUUAGUAAUUAGAAAAGAAAACCCCUAAACCUUGUAUAAAAUCGUUAUUGUUUUAUCUUUCGUAUAUCUACAUUGUACUACAUACACAUAAAUAUACAGAUAUUUAUAGAUUGUUAAAUUUUUAAUUAAACAGUUUGUUUGUAUUGUAUCGUCCUAA